AUGAGCGAGGAAGUGAUAUCAAUGCACAGCGGUUCGUUUGAGUCCUCCACUCCUACAACUGAGGAUGAAAACCAUGAAUACGAUUCAGAUCUGGAAUUAUUAAUAGAUGAUGAGGAUUCUCAAUUGGAAAAACGAUUACUUGAAGCAGAAAGACAAUGGAAGGAGAGUCUGCAACAGUUGUCGAAGGCGAUCAACUGGUUGUUGUUACCUCUAUUAGGGAAAUUCUUAGGAAGACGUUUCGCUAGAAUGGUGUGGUCACGUGUGGCAGGCAUUGUUUUCCAAUGA